AUGAUCCUCGCCAGGACAGGACGGAACGAACGUGGAAAGUCUCGAACGUGCGAAAAGCCGAAGGGCGGCCAUUUUGAUCUGAGUAAAUAAGGGUCGGUGGCCGCCAUUGGUGCGCACGGGCGCGUCUUCCUUUUCGUUCUCGUGCCAGAUCGAGUAUUUCUCGGCGACGCGCUUGCACUCCUGCCGUUUUCUGUUCUCUGCAGAAAGGCCGUCGUGGCCAGUCUCGAUCCCGAUAGACGAACGCCUCGCCUGACCACCGUGAUAACGUAAAAUUCAGCAAAUAACGGCGGCGCCAGUUAUCGCGAACACUAUAUAGAUUUCGAAGUGCCGCGUUGUUCCAAAUUUCGCUGGAACGUUGCCGACCUUCGCCAGCCUGCCCUUGGACGGUUUCUCGACCCGAUAGUAAGUACGAGAUUUUCAUUAAGUGAACAUGCCGCGAACGACGGGCCGCGUAAAGCGAACGGGGUUGAAUUUUGCAGAAAAUCGCUGGGCGAGUUAGCGCGAACGGACUAUGGACCUGGGAGAGGUCGCGUGCUCCACCGUCAGGUGGCGGUAGCCACAAAACAGUGGGACAUCGUACAGACACCCUGCAACGGGACUGUGCUUUUCACAGAAUUGUUUUCCGCCGUUUUUCCCGUAAAGACCACGCUGUUCCGCGGUAAUUUCUCGCCUCCUAGGAGCCCAAUGUGGGUGGAAGUGAGAUGGCAUCCAGGGAAAAGAAACCCUUAGCGCCUUCCAAAGCAAAACAGAAGGCGAAUAAUGAUUCUGGCUUGCCAUCCAAUGAAAUUAAAAGCAGAAAGGGCAAGUCACUGUCGAAUCUGAAGCAACAGCAACAGCAACAGCAACUAGCGAGGGACAUAAUAGAGGCAGUAGCAACAGGUAGCCAACUACCCCCGAAGUUGGAGGCAAGCCUGCCACGCAAGAAGGUUCUCAGGAAUCUGAAACACAAGCAGAAACUAAGAGUGACGAAGGCAAGUUUAAUUAAGUCAAAAGUUACGAGGAAGGUGACCGGUAGAAAUUUAUGCAGAAUAACUUCUGACAUUAAGAAGAGCGUGAGGGCCAAAAGAGCCAAAUUGUCGGUGGAGGCAACUGGUGGUGAGAUCUGCUCGAGGGCCACUGUUGAGAACCACGUGAACGAGGCGGAGGGUGAAAGUAUAGGGAGCAUAGACGGAGGUAAUAGAAGUGCCAAGAAUAAUCUCAGGACUAAAAAGACCAAGUUGGUACCAAAAACUAGCGAGUUGGAGAGUGAAAGUAUCCCGGACACAGACUCGGUCGCUGGAUCCAGUAGCAAAAGCAGCCCGAAGCUAAGCAGAAAGGGUAGAAGCUUGGAGAGUUUAGAUUCUCUGCCUAGGGGCGUCAAGUCGACCAAGUUCUCCGGAUUCAAGAGGAACAGCGUGAAGCCUGAGGUUGACAUCAAGUACACGAAGGGAAGGAAGAGCAGCCGAGAUAUCGACUGCGCCAACAUAAGAGUGUCGAAGUCGCUUCUAGACACCAAGAGUUCCAUAGAUCUCACCAUAGACGAAGUGAUAGCUUCAAUGUUGAGCGACUCGGAGUUGGACAGCCAGCAGGGAAUAACGGAGAAGAUAGAGGGGAAGGUGACAAGGAGUAAGAAGAUGUUCGUCGAGGAGAACGCAGCCCCGGACAUCGAGAUAAAAAAGGAGCCGGACAGCGAGACGGCAGACGUGAAGAUCACAUCCGACGGCGAGAACCUGGAAACAGAGUCCGUUCAAAGUGCAAUCCAAUUGAGGAAACGGUCGAACGCGUCGAUCAGUCAACGUAGCCUACGAAAUGGCAAGUUACGUCAGUCGGACCAUGCAUGCGGUGUUCCAACCACCGUGGAAUUGGAGAUGAAGAAACGUCGACGAUUGAACUCGGACGAUCCGCUGAGCUUGGAACUCUCCACGGACAACGUCGCGGACAGCAACGCCGACACCGAGUCUUGUUUCUCCGAGAGUUUGUCCAGCUGCAACGAUGCCCAGCUGCAGGCGAUCAUGGUGGUAGCGGGCAAAGACGAGUUCCCCGUGAAACAGGACACGCUGAAAGCGAGCAUCGAGGAAUGUCCGCAGACUGCGUUGGAGAUAGAGAACAAUAACAACAACAACAACAACGGCGACAGAGGAGCGGAGAGGGCGAGCGAGGUCGGGCCAACGCUACGCUCGAAGACGAAAGCGAAGAGCACCGAGGUCGAGGUGAAGAACGAGAGCGUGAAGGUCGCUGGCGGUGAGUAUGCGCGCCUCGGUGUGGCGAAGAACGCUGAGGUGCAAGAGGAGGUAAAGAAGAGCAGUAUCGAUCAUCAAGCGAGGAAGGACAACAUCCUGGCGAAACUCACCGACAAAUCCAAGGGUCGGAGAAGCAGCCUCAACAUAGACAUGAAGAAGACGGUGAACUCGUUCUACGGCACGGAGAAGUCAGACGGGAGUCCCAAGUCGCAGAUCGAUCAGAUGAUAGAGAACAUCAAGCUGACGAUCGCCAAGUCCAUCGAGAGCAAGAUCUUCGGGCCGGAGAAGGGCCUCGGCUUGAGCAAGAACUUCGAGGUGCCGAAGAUUGAGGAGAUCAUCGCGCCGCUGAGCGCCGAGUCGCAGAAGCUCGGCCUCGAGGAGAACACCGACGAGGAGAAAUCCGCCAUUUCGAGGAACGAGAUCAAAUCGGACAACACGGAGAACUCGGUGGCUGAACUGAAGCCGAAAGUGGCCGACACUGCCAAAGAAAUCGAGAAACUAGUCAUGGGUGAUAUCGAGCUGGCCGAGACGCACUCGCAAAACGUCCAGGAGAGCGAGCAUCCUUCCCCUGAUAUCGACGUCCACGUCAUAGAGAUUAACGACAACGCCAGCAAAGCCAAGGACCAACAGCAAGAGUCGUGCGAGCUGUCCAAUUCGAUGGAAGAGCAGAGAAAGGACCAGCUGGAACAGCUUGCUUCUGACGAUCAGACGAAAGCUUUGGACGACGGUAAGAAAGUUGGUCAUCUUGCCAGGAAAUCCUCGAGAGCUACGGAGAACGACGACGCUGUGAAAACGUCGGGCAAAGUAUUGAACAAAAUAGCUCAAAAGGCCGGGGACGGUCGCGAGGAACAUUCAGAGGACUCUGGUAAAUCCGAGGAAAUUGUUUCAAAUGUCGAGUCGCUUAAAGAUGAGUCAACGAGCGAAGCAGUUGUUUCAGAGUCUUCGGUCGUUUGCGCUUCGGCCACGUCGAAGCAGGUCCAGGAGGAAGCAGCUGAAGAAGAUAAAGCAAAACCGGACGAGACAGUCAAGGACGAGGCGAAGGAUUGCUCGAGCGUUGCUGCCGAGUCUGCAGAGUCUGACGAUGCAGAAACUUUAGAGAGCAUCACCAAGGAAGUAGAAAGAUUGGUAGCGGAUGACCAGCCUGGCGGUCAAUUGGAAAUGCAGAGCAGGCCAGAAUUCAUAAACAAAACGAAGGUUCCCUCGUUGCCUAGUAAAUUGGACGCCGAUACGGAUGGCGAGAAGCAACUGGAGGUGGCGAACGUCGCUGAAGUCGACGAGCCGGCGGUCAGCACUGCACAGAGCGAGGUCGAGGUAACGGAAAGUGCCAAAGACGUCGAAAAGUGCGAGGAGACCGCGACAGAGACGACAACGCUGGCGAACGACUGCAGCAACAACUGCGAGGUACGUCAUCCACCAACGUCCGAUUGCACGUUGAAAUGCUCGGCGAGCCCUGUUUCCAGCGAUACGUGUAAUCUGUUCGAGGACGUGAAGAAAGAUACAAAGGAAAGUGGAAAGGACGACAAACGCGAGGCAAGCGACGAUGCAGACAAUAACGGCGGUGCCGAGAAAAGAGAUGUUUUGUACAAUAAUACAGAGAGCAACGAUGCUAUAGCCGCUGUGAAAGAAGAGACGGAGAGAUUGAACGAUAUGGUGGAGGAGCAAAAGUCUUCUGCCGCUGGUGAUGACGACAGUAAGAAACGGGUGUUAAGAACUCGGGACAAAACGAAGAAGCUGGAAAGGGGGAAGCUGGAAACGAAGAUAAAGCUGGAGGAGGAAGUUUGCCAAAAGUCGCACGAGGAGGAUACGCGGGACUUGGAGGAGAAGAUUCAGAAGGUGAUCGCCGAGGACGUGGACGACACUCAGAACAGCACUGAAACGGAGACGACGAACGAGCUGGAACGCCAGGCCCGCACCAGACGCACCAGGGAAGCGAAGAAACGCAGGGAGGACCAGUUGAAUGCUUUGAAGAAUAAACGACCGAAACGGGAGAUUCGAAGAUACGAUCAACAACAGAACAAAGAGGAGACUUUGCUGGACAACGAGGUGGCAAAGAUCAACGAGAACAACCGGUCGUUCUUGAACAAAUAUGGGAAUGACGCUGAAUGCGCGACAAAUUUCCGAGGUUUCUCCGAAGGAGUCAGGGGAAGCUUGGAAAAGCGCGACCAGGACGGCGCUGACAACGUUAGAAGCAAGUCGGAGAACGAUUUGAUCAUCGCGAAGCAGCCAAGUGAAAAGACGUGCGAGAACAGAUUGUCACGAAACUUGUCGGAGAACCACGUGACCAAGCAGACGGACAACAUAGAUAUUCUGGAUGCCGAUUGCAAGCCUAUAAAAACACCAGAGACCUCGCAGAAAGACUCCGACGAGACGUCCACGUCCGGCGAAUCGUCCAGCAGCGUCAAUGUCACUCCAAAGAUUCUGGAGACGCCGGAGGACAAAGCGAAGAAGGAGUCGAUCCUAGGGAUUCUUGGUCUGGAGCCACUGGAGAAGGCUGCCGAACGAUUGAACCAUCAGAAGGCAAAGAAGGAACAGUCCACCGGCACACUGAGAACUGUGAUCCGUGUUCAAAAGGAGAAGGAGAAGGACAAGAGACGAUCGAGGUCCCCGUUGAAAAUGGUAUUGAAACAAGGUCGCGGAGACGGUGAAGGAGAUUCACCUGAGAAUUUCUACACUAUUCAGAAGGAGACGAAGAUAACGAAGACGCAGCGCCAAAGGAUCGCCAGUCUCUUGUUAUUCCAGAGAAAUCCUCAUCUUUCUCUAUUCAUCCAGGACGUUUGUGCGCAGACGUCUGUUGUUAUUGUUUUGGGAAAUUUGGUUCUCUCGACACGCCGAUGCAUCUUGCUCAAAUGAAGUCCGACGAAAGGCGUAAAAAGAUUUUAAACAUAGAAAGACAUCUGACCAAGGAUUCUUGCUUGUGCGACGCUUGCUACCGUCACGUGGACAGAAAGGCAAACACGAGUCCAACAAAUAUGCAAACAAAGCCGCAGAAACAACACAGGCAACUCAUGGUGUCCAAGUGCUCGGCCCGCGAAUGUAGAGACGCUGCACGACAUCAUGUGAAACGUCGAUGGUUGCUGAAAAUAAAAGCUGGUCUGCAAAAGCAGGUGGACAUUGAUUGGGAGUCGAGUCAACACACGUCCAUGUCGUUCUGCGUCAGCCAUUACUCGAAAAUCGAGCGAUUCUUGGCCUGUGCGUUGUGCAAACGUAGGUUAGCGAGAAAUCACACUCAUCAACUGACGAACGUGGAGACGGACGAAUUGAAUCAGUUGCUUGGACAGCAGGGGAUCCCGGUUAUUCUGGCGGCCAGCACAUUCGUUUGCAAACUGUGUCGGUACUUCACUCAGUUACAAUUGAAGUACAAGGACGUGGAGAAUAUGAACACGAAUCAUAAAUCGUUCUUCAAGAGUUACCGGAAGAGGAUCUUGCAUUAUCACAACAUCGAGGUUCUGGAAACCGAGGACGAAGAUCCCUCUCAGAGUCAGGUCAAGGACAAGGACAAGGACAAGGAUAAAGACAAGGAGAAAAGGAAGAAGAACAAGUGUAGCACUCAGCCCAAGUCCGGUAGCUCCAAGUCGCCGGACGGCACGACGAACUCCGCCUCUGAAAAGUCUACCCCGGAACCAACUAAAAACGAAGGGGUGAAUUCCGAGACGGACAACGAGAACCGUACCACGAAGGCAAACAUGAACGAUGAGAACGUCGUCGCGAUGGACGUGCAGUUCCUCGGCAUUGAGAGCACCGUCGAGAAACUGAAGAAACGCAAGCUGCUCGACAUGCACUCGUUCACGACGUCGUCGGAUACAUCGAUAUCCUGUGAUAACCCGAACGAAGUUGUCGAGAUCCUCGCGAUGGACAAAGAGGUGACGUUAACGAGAUUGCCAAAGAAACCACGGGCGAACAACGACAUCACGCCGGUUGUGCAGAGACUCGGUGCUAAUCCCUCCAUCAGUGUUCGCACCCUUUUCCCUGGCGAGGAGGAGAUGAACCUCCACGCCAACAUAGAGUUCACGAACGUCAGGGAGAUAACGCCCCAAGGAUGGGAGAAGUGCGCCACUAUGAUACAGUACGACAGAGACACGAAACUCCUGUGGCAAGAGCUGCAAAGACCGUACGGCAAUCAGAGCUCGUUUCUCCGACAUUUGAUACUGCUGGAGAAAUAUUACAGAUCUGGCGAUCUGGUGUUGGCCCCGAAUGCGUCGCGGAACGCAAUCAAUUACUCGACAUCCGUGCAGAAUCGUUUGAUAUCGUACGAGGGCCCGGAGAAGAUGGACGAGCCGAUAAUGGAGCCGAUCGCCUCGGAGUAUCACAAUUCUCGCCGGCUGAGCGGUGGUUACGUCCUCGAGAGGGACAAGCAUUCUCUACCGAGCACCAGCACUCCAAAACAGCUGUCGUCCACCAGUACCACGCAGCCCGCAAAAGGUAGUCCACCGCGAGUCCUCAAGCUGAACCCCGGCGUGUCGAUAAUCAAGAAACCACCCCCUAAUCUGCAACGGCUGAAUCUUCCGUCUACCAGCGGCAAUCCGACGAACGGUAACGUGAAACGGAAGGAAAGUGGUCAGAAACUGCCAGCUUCUUCUGCCGGUGGCAAGGUGUUCCAAUUGAGCGAGCCCGAGUUCAAGCGGCUGCAAAGCUUAAAGAAACAGAAGCAGCAGAUGCUCACGGAGAAGCAACAGCCAGCCAGCAGCUCGAACGGCAAUUCAAGUUCCACGGCGAGCGUGAAAACGGCAACGCAGUACCAGAAGGCGCAGAUAGCCGCGCACACGCAGUUCCAGAAGCACCUGAGGAUGCAACAGGAGAUGCUGAACCGGCAAAGCAGGAGCGACUUCGAGCCGUUGAUCUGCGACGUGCGGGCGUUGGCCAACGAGAACAGCCCGACGCAGAACUUGCUGCACAACCUGAACCUGCCCAAGUCGAUUCAGGUGACGACCAAGACGUGCAACCAGAUCCCGAUAUUGCCGAAAAUACCGAAAUCGUUGACGGUGAUACCGCAAACGGUCACCAGACCGGCCGAGAAAUGA